AUGAGGGAGAACGGGAUGUACAAUUAUGGGAAGGCCUUCAGGGGCGCAAUCAGGGCGGCGGCGUCGAACGAGGACUUGUCCGCCAACUCUGAGAGGCUGCUGAUAGUCUCGCAGCUGGUGAACUACAUGCGGGACGCGGGGAUGCGGGUCGGCAUGGACGAGGCGGGCUACCUGGCGCGUGCUGCGGCGGACUUCAACCAGCUGAACACGGCGGUGCGGUGGAUCGACUUGAUGUUGCUGGGCACGUACGGCGCUGUUACCACGCGCGAGACCGACAGCAUGCUUCGCGCGGUGGUGAACCAAGUGGUCGGCAGGCUCGCACGGCAGGGCACGGUGAGCGGGCUGCGCGAGGCGGCGCGCGUGGCGGCGUUCGCGGCGUCGCGGGGCGUGUGCGUGCGCCCAGACACCAUCCAGGCGCUGCUGGUGGGCGCCUGCGACCUGCUGCAGCACGACGUGGCGCGAGACGCGAUGCUGGCGCUGCUGGCAUCGAGGGUGCUUCUUUUGGACCCGGAGCGCGACGACCUGCUGCUGCCCCCCGUGCGCCCUGACGUCGGAACCGCACUGUGGGCGUUGAACGUCGCGGCAGGGCCGGGCGAGGUGCCGGACCGCGCGCGGCUGGCGAAGCUGGCGUGGACGCUCGUGCGACGCUGUGCGGAGCUUCCGCCGGCAUUGCCGGGCUUCAGACGCUUCGGGCUGAGACAUCAAUACGAGUCAUCUCUAGGUGGCAAGGAAAAGGACCCGCCGCCGUGGCCCAAGCUCGGCGACGUCGUCAAGCUCGCAGCAGGAGGCGGCAACGUCGACGUCGGUCCGCUGACGUGCAGGACCAGGCUGGUACCCAGCCUCCCCGAGGAGCAAGCGGGCAUGGAAGCAUGGAUGUGCAAGCAGCGUCCCCUGGGCCGAACAGCGUCAAUUCAGCGGCUUCAAGAGGCUCAGCCAGACCACGAGCAGCACUGCACGGUUCCAGCUGCCGCGUACGUGACGUUCGCAGUGGCGCUGGCCCGCGCGGGCGACGUUGCGGGAGCACUGGGUGCGCUUGCAAGCCUGCCGUCUGCGCGGAGUGCAACUCCCCCGCAAUCGGACGACGGACUGGACUGCAAGGCGAGCGAGAUCACUCUGGCCAGCCUGAUGCCGGUGAUAGAGGCGCUUGGCUCGACAAGUGACGAGAUCCACGACAACGAAGUGCUGGUGUGGCGCGCCAUCACGGCCGCGGACCCGGACGCGGCGUGCGACGUGCCGCUCGCGGUGCUGGUUGCGGCGUACGCGUUCUGCGGGGACCUGGACCGCGCGGUGCUCGCGAUGGAGUCGGCGGGGACGCACACGGGGCGAGCUCAUGGGGGGAGUGUGGCGCUGUGUUACGCCGCGCUCAUCCGCGGAUGCGGGAUGCACAUGGAGGCCGAGUCGGCGAUGGAGAUCGCGCGGGAGAUGGAGGAGCGCGGCAUCAAGCACACAAGGGAGACCACGGCGGAGCUCGUGCACGUGUGCGUGGCGUCGGGGCGCCUCGACGACGCAGCUGCCGUCGUCGAGGCCGGUCUGGCGUCGGACGAACCGCCGCCCCUGUCCGUCGUGGAGAAGACGCUGGCGACGCUGGCCCGGAACAACCGCCCGGACUUGCUCGAGCAGCUUUCUCCAGCAGUCGUUGCAGCUCGCCCCCGGUUCUCCGGCCUGUUCGGGGCGGUGAUGAAGUCGGUGGCCCAAGGCGACGGCGAGCUCGUAGCCCUCGUGCCGCUGAUGAAGAAGCUCGGGCUCACGCGCUUCGUUCAGGACAGCGGCGCCGGGCGCGAGUGA